GUCAUCUUCAGUCAACAGGGGGUUGGCAUCGAAACUUCAGAAUAAACGACACGAAGACAUUCUUGCCCGGCGCCCAAAUAGUAUUUACACAACGUAGUGCUGAUAGUUUGCUUCCUUGGUCGAUGGCGAUUCUUCCGUAGCACAUAAUUGCUUCUGUUGGUGAAAGCUGACUCGAGCAAGGAAGUUGCUACUAUUCGUACUACGCAUUAUUUACUUCCAAAGUAGACCCGACAUUCUCGGCCGCUCCGUCCGAAUCUCGCUCAACGAAGAACGACCCAAACCACCGUGCAUUUCAUCAACCCAAAGUCAAGCAACGAGCCAUUGAGCCGUCAAAAGGGCUCUGGUUUAUUAGAACGAACCAAAGACAUGAUGCCCAACGUACAUUCCUUCAGCGCACUGCGGGCGCGCUCUUACGUGUUCCGGCUGCCGCUGUUCACGCGCGCAAUCGUCGUCGUGAUCACGCUGCUAUGGCUCGCCAGUAUACAGUCGGUGUGGGAUGUGCGGCAAUGGGGUGCCUUGAUACCGGAUCAGGUCAGCUUGUUUAGUGCAUACCGGAUGAACACGUUCCCGCUCAUACAUAUCAACUUCAUACAUGCACUUAUGAACGUGCUGGCGUUGACACCCCUUAUGGAGAGGUUUGAGAGCGAAUACGGCACAUUGACGAGCCUGGCCAUGUUUAUUGGACCGCUGAGUACGAUACCGGCGCUCUUGUACAUAUUCGUAGAGAGGGCAGUGCUGAGAGGGAACACGGCGGUCAUGGGGGCUAGCAUGUGGGUGUUCCUGCUACUGGGCAUGGAGGCGAUCCGAACCUACAAGAGCAACCCGCACCUGGUUAUUGGAACGCAUCAUGUGCCAACGUGGACUACACCUCUGGUUCUGACUCUUGUCGUCGCGGCCUUGGUCCCUAGCACCAGCUUCCUCGGCCAUUUGUGUGGCGUCGCGGUUGGGUAUAUAUUCGGACUGGGCUAUCUCAAGUUCCUUUCCCCUCCCGAGAAAGCCCUCCGUUGGGUUGAAGCGAAGCUCAACCUACUGGGUCGGCUGCCUCACUACGUCAGCGUAGAUCAGAAGACGUACGGAAGGUUCGGGGUUCUGCCCACGAGUAGCGCUAGCGCAAGUCUUCCGGGCCUGGUGGGCACUUCGGUGCUCUUCGCCAGGCGCGAUGCGCGACUCCUCAAGCUCCCGCCGUACAUCUCGCUCCUCUGCAUCCUUAUCGGCCUGGGCUGGCUCUUGAUGCUGCCCGCCGAUGGCUACUCGCGCCGAACCUACAUCUCGGAGAACGCACUGCUCCCGGGCCAGGUGCACACGUACUUUGGCGGCAGUGACCAGAACGUAUUCCGGGCAUACCGACACGAAGUCACGGCCCUGGCCAACCGCUCCAACACCGAGAUUAACGACAAGCUCGAGGACAUGUUCGGGGGCAUGGGCCUGAAAGUCGGCCGCCAGAACUACACGUACCACUCGUCUGGCAACACGCUCUCGGGCGAGAACAUCUACGCCAUACUGCAGGCGCCCCGCGGCGAUGCCACCGAGGCCAUUGUGCUGGUCGCCGCCUGGAAGAACGUCAAGGGGGAAUUCAACCGCAGUGCGCUCGCCCUUGCCUUGGCCUUGACCCGCUACUUCAAGCGCUGGUCCCUUUGGUCCAAGGAUAUAAUCCUCGUCGUCCCUCCCGACAGCCGCGCCGGUACCCAGGCCUGGGUCGACGCCUACCACGACGCCCACGACGCAGCCACCGUGAGCUCCUUGCCGCUGAAAUCGGGCGCGCUGCAGGGCGCUGUCGCUAUCGACUAUCCCUUCGAGGGCCGUUUUGGUGAUGUCCAUAUUGUCUAUGAUGGCGUCAAUGGCCAGCUGCCCAACCUUGACCUAAUUAACUCCGUUGUCAACAUCGCGAGCGGACAGAUGGGCAUGGGGGCCACUAUCCAGGAGAUGUGGCGUCAUUCGGACAAGUACAAUGACCGGCUCAAGACAAUGCUCAGGGGUAUGAUGAACCAGGGGCUGGGCCAUGCUGCUGGGCCGCAUAGCUCUUUCAUCCCGUACCAUGUCGAUGCGAUUACGAUUCAACCCAUCGGGCAAGGGUGGCACGAUGAGAUGGGGCUGGGGAGGUUGAUCGAGGGCACCUUCCGGAGUCUGAAUAAUCUGUUGGAACACCUGCAUCAGAGUUUCUUCUUUUACUUGCUCAUGCACAAGGAACGCUUUGUCAGCAUCGGCACCUAUCUGCCUAGCGCUAUGUUAAUCGCGGCCAAUUUUACGAUUAUGGCUAUUAGUCUGUGGGUGAAGAGCGGGUAUGCGACGGAGACUGAGCCCAAGACUGAGCCCAAGACUGAGAACAGCCCGACGGAGAAGGACGCAGAAGGCAAGGAACAUCCAGACCCGGCGGUAUCAACAGUAGAGCGCGAUCUCUUCCUACCGCUCGGCCUCGUGACAGCGUGCCAGUUCCUAGGCUUCCUCCCGCUGUUCGUGUUCAACUACGCGCCAUCCGGUCUCCUCACCCCCCUCUUCUCCCUCUUCGCCGCUCUCACCCUCCUCCUGCCCCACGGCCUCGCCUCCUUCCUCUCCUCCUUAUCCUCACCCCCCACCCCGCAACACUACCAGCUCUUCUCCUCCUUCUCCCUCCUGCUCCUAGGCAUGUUCCUCUCCUCCCUCGCCACACUCAACUUCUCCCUUGCCCUACUUGUCGGCCUGCUCGCUUCUCCGCUUACCUUUGUCCGCCCCUUGCGCCAUCCGAUACUGAAAUACGGUUGUGCGGCUUUGUUGUCUUUGUUUAGUCCACCCAUUGUCGUGGUAGCGGGGGCGGUGGCCGGUGAAGUUGGAUUGAGGGCAGUGCUCGAGGAGGCUGCGUUUGGGUGGGGGGUUUGGGGAAUGUAUACACCGUUGGUCGUGUGGUGUGUGUGGUGGCCGGCUUGGGUCGUUGGGAUGGUGGUUUUGCUGGGUAGGACGGGGGUGUCUGGGAAGGCGAAAUCGGCGUAAGGUUGAGUUCAGGUGACAUUGCAAAACAGUAUAUUUGCAUUUGAGCGGAAAGAGAAAAGGUUGAUUUAUAAGAUAGGUUUAGAUACCACUUGUUGCAGUGCACUAUCUAAGGUGCCCUACUUCAAAUAUUCACAGCCAGUCUUGCUCAGAUACGCCGUGUAUGCUGAAUACCAAUACAAAAGCGUGAC